GGUGCUUUUGAGGGUGAGACAUCUCAGCACCGCCUAGACCUCCCAGAUCAGCCAUGAGAAAUCGCGGCACUUCCUUCCUUCUCCUUCUCCUUCUCCUUCUCCUCAAUCUAGCUUUUCAUGCCCAAUCCGAGGUUAUCUCGUUAACCGCCGACACAUUCUCUGAUAAGAUCAAGGAGCAACACACUGCGUGGUUUGUGAAAUUCUGCGUUCCCUGGUGCAAGCAUUGUAAGAAUCUGGGAUCAUUAUGGGAUGAUUUGGGCAAAGCGAUGGAAGGGGAAGAUGCAAUAGAGAUUGGAGAAGUAGAUUGUAGCAUCAACAAACCCGUAUGUGGCAAAGUUGAUAUUCACUCAUAUCCCACUUUUAAGCUCUUUUAUAAUGGAGAAGAAGUUGCUAGAUACCGCGGCCCAAGGGAUGUUGAAUCAUUAAAAACCUUUGUUUUGGAAGAAGCUGAGAAGGCUUCGGCAAAAGCACUUGACAUUGAUAAGGAAUUGUAACAAUUUUCCAUAACCCGGGAUGCUACUGCUCUCUAUUCUUCACCACAAGUGCUGCAGGUUUCACAUUACUGAUUAUCUCUGGGCUUGAGCUGAGAUUAGUGAAGAUACAGUUUGCUCUGCUCCAAACAUCAUUUGUUUAUUCUACCAAGUAGUAGUUAUUUUGAAGAUUAGUUUGUAUUCUACCCCGUCUAGUUUGACCCCCCGAGUUCAUAAAACUGAUAAACAUCCGAGUUUCAAUUUUGGAUAUAGAUGCUGGCAGGUUGAGAAUCUUGAAUCAUUCUUGCAGGGUUUUCCUUUUUUUCAUGUCCAUCUCUCGUUGACUGUUCGUGAUUUUUUACUGAGACCUGCGCGAUUAAUAUGUUAUCAAGUAAAUAAAUGCAUAAACGGCUAAAUAUUGAAAAAUA